GUCCCAAGAAGGGACGGAAGACUCGGAACUACUCGGAAAAGAUCAAUCUCGCUGGUGGCUGUGCCACACCCGUUAUUUUUAUUACUUACCACUCGAACAAACCAAACGGCCAGUCCAAUGCUAGUCUCGUGAACGAAGACUACGGAAAAUAAUGCGCCGUGAGAAGACAGGGAAAACUUGUUGAAUUCCCUUGGCUGUCGAGCAUGUCUAGUUCAAUGCCAAGUUGCCAACGCAUGGUCGCAUCUCAGUCGCAUCCUUAUCCGAGUUUGGGUGUAGAGAUCCAGUCUACCAUACCUCAGAACUGUUUGUGAUUUCGGAGAGGGCUUACGUGUGUAUCAUCAGUAUUAUUCGAGACAGGUGCCUGACUAGGGGGGGGGGCUCCCUCGCUCUGGGGGUUGAAGGGGAAGACGGCGCUGUGAGAGCAAAAUCAUCAGCCGAGAUAGACGAGGAAUGUGCGUCGAAAGAAGAAAAAGAUUUGUCUUCCCUUUGGCUCUUUGAAUGUUUAUCUUACAUACAUAUAUCAGGAGAACGCAUGUAGUCCUGGUCCACACCGUGACUUUGACAGUGAGAAGCUUGAGCCCUAAGCUUGGCUAUUAUAUGUACCUCUUUACUUCAUACAACGCUCCUCUGGCGGCGGCUUUAUCCAUGUGCUUCUUUGAGGUGACUCUCUUUGUCGGUUGUAUUUCUGUGCAUCGCUUUCCUCUAUACGGGUGGUGUUUACAGAAAGGUACGUUGUUUGACUACUUCUUUUCAAAACGCCAGAGACAGAGACAUUGAUCUAGAUGCAUGAAAUCAUGUUCAUA